AUGUCUGGCGUAUGGGGCUGGUUUGGCGGUGGCGCCGCCCAGAAGAAGAAAGACAGCCCCAAGAAUGCCAUCUUGGGCCUCCGGUCCCAGCUGGAGAUGCUGCAGAAGCGCGAGAAGCAUCUCCAGACCCAGAUGGACGAGCAAGAUGCCAUCGCUCGCAAGAACGUGAACACAAAUAAGAACGCUGCCAAGGUCGCCCUGCGGAGGAAGAAGACCCAUGAGCACAGUCUUGAUCAAACGAUAUCCCAGAUAGGAACCUUGGAGCAGCAGAUCAACUCUAUCGAAUCCGCCAACAUCAACAGAGAGACCCUCGCCGCCAUGGAGAGAGCCGGUGACGCCAUGAAGCACAUCCACGGCAAGCUCACGGUGGACAAAGUCGACGAGACCAUGGACAAAUUACGAGAACAGAACGCACUCAGCGAGGAGAUCGUCUCGGCCAUCACGAGCAACCACCUUGGCGAGACAAUGGACGAGGAGGAGCUCGAGGAGGAGCUCGAGGCCCUGCAGCAAGAAGCACUCGACAAGAAGAUGCUGGAGCCGGGCACUGUGCCAGUGUCAGAUGUCGUCCACAGAAUGCCUGCUGUGGCGAACUCGGAAAUCAAAGGAAAGCCCCAAGCAGUGGCGGAAGAGGACGACGAGGAAGCAGAGCUCAGAAAGCUCCAGGCGGAAAUGGCCAUAGGUGGCAAGGAGGCCCUAGGCUGGAAGGUGGCAAUCAUCAUGUUCACGCCACACCUUUGCCGUGUCGCGGGAUCGAUCUUGUCCGCUUCGACAUCAUCACGUCAAGUCACCAUCAGCAAGCACCCUCCUUCGGCCGGCGCCUUUUUCAUCCCUGCUUGGGGCGUUGGCGUUACGAGUUAUGGUGCUCUUCGGGGAAGUACACAUCCAGCAGUCCUGUCUGUUGGUUGA